AUGGAUGCAGAAGAGUUGAUUGAAUCCAUCAUUAGAGCAUUCAUGUUCCUUGCAGGGAUCCUGGGAAAUAAUCUAUUGGCUAUACGCUCCCUACCCAGGCAGAAAUCUGGGAUCCGCACAAAUGAAGUCCUCUUCAUCAACCUGGCUGUCUCCAACCUCAUCACCAACUGUUUGGUGGACCUGCCCGACACCAUGGCAGAUUUCGCUGGACGAUGGUUCCUGGGGGAAACCUUCUGUGGCGUUUUUCGUAUUUCUGCUGACCUGUCUGAAACCAGCAGCAUCUACACGACGUUCUUCAUCAGUGCUUUCUGGCACCAGAAGCUGGUCGGCUCCCUGAAACACGGAGGUGCACCGGUACGGCUGGACAGCUUGUACCUGGUGGCCCGUCUGCUGGCUGGGAGCUGGACCGUGGCUGUGGUCUUCAGCAUACCACACUUUUUCUUUGUCAAAGUGGAGGGGGGAAAUGAGAGCCACGAAGACUGCCUAGAUGUCUUCCCUAAUGCAAUCGCCAGGCAAACAUAUGAGAUCUUUUACCUCACCUUGGCUAAUGCGCUCCCUAUUGCUGGGAUUGUAUUUGCCAGUAUCCAAAUUGUCAUUACUCUGCUUAAAAACCAGCGGCGGAUAAGAGGUCAUAACUUUGACGCCACCAAGGGAAUGGUUAAAGAUGAAAACAAGGGUCUGGGAGCAAUCAGCACUGUUUCUGUAUCAGACACCUUAAAAGAUCAAAAACAUUCUGCAUCUUUAACCAGCGUUUAUACAGGCAGGCCUGCUUCUUCCUGUGCAAAUGCAGGUCUGACAGGUCACAGCAGAGUUGGAGCUCGGGCAAAUCUUUCAAGGCCCAGUCCGAUGCCAGCUAAGCCCAGUCCGAGCUCAGGCACUCAGGUGAGGGCAGCUAAGAGUGUGGUGGCCGUAGCUAGCGUGUUCUUGGUCUGCUGGCUGACUCAUCUCUUUCUGCGCAUCACCAACAGCAUCCACACCUCAUCAAUAGUGGUGGAGGUGGCCAGCUAUGUUGCAGCGUCCUACACCUGCAUCAUCCCUUACAUAUUCCUGUACGGAGUGAAAAAGCUUUCUUUCUCAUGCAAAAGGUAG